AUGCAUCCGGAGGGUGCGCGCGAGACUGCAAACUUCGUCGAGCGGCUGCAUCGGUCCACUGUGAUCCGGGUCAUGCUAGCGCUCUUCGCCUACGCGCUACUCGUGUCCGACGUGCCUCGCGGAGGAUUCAACGUCAAAACACUUCCGUUCGUGCAGAUCGAGCCGAACGUCUUCACAGUGUACGGACCCACUGCACUGCCGAGUCGCGCGGUCUAUCGGAACGGCACGACCACAGUCGACGGGGUCUCUGCCAGCUCUUCUGAUCUACCGACGGCUCUGUACAAGUUUGCACCAAGCUCCUAUGGUCUUCGCACAGUUCGUGACCUGCUGGACGGAUCCUCGAAGCUCGACUCCUCCUGGCCGCAAUGCCUUCUCAGUGUCCACUCCGCGGACUCCUCGUACAGCAGCAACUGCGGUGAUACUCUGCCUAGCACGACUGUGUUCAGCAUGCUCGAUACCCUCGUCGAAGCGUUGGCGGCCAAUGCGCCGAGCACUACGAGCUACAAGAACGUCGCCCAAACGGAGGAGGGCAUUGCGAUCAUGGCGCGAGGGGAGUUGAGCGCGUUCCCUCAACGCGUGUGCUUCGCAGCACGCUCCAAGGCUCGCUGGACGGGCACCAGCAGUGCAGCUUCCGGAUCCACCGCUGCGAGUAGCAGCACCAGCUUUCUGUCGCGGAAUUUAUUGGACCACAAGUACUGGCUCAGCGUUUGGGCUACGACGUUCACCGACCUAGAUCCGCAAAAUCCUGGAGUCGAUCUGUGCGUGGACGACUUGGAUCGUCCUCUAUUAUGCGAGAAGCCCUGGGCUGCUGCAGUGGCGGUUGAUGGCACACAGGGCGAACCAUACUGGGAGGUCGUGUCGUCACGUGCUGCGGCAUUGCAAGCUAGUCUCGGUAAGAACCAAAAGCUCGACGUGACUCUAGUUGAAGCCGAGUCGGAUCCGUUGACAAGACUGGGUGGCGCAGUGCUGCUGGCUCACAAGAUCUACAAUGUGGUGGCGCUCUACCGGAUCCGAUACUGCACCGACGAUGGUGUUUGUAAGACCUCAGUGGUGUUUGACGAGCGCGUUGAGGGCAAAGUUCUUUACACGGAUGCUCUCGAAUGGAGCUCUCUGGCCUCCACGUUACGAUUCGUUGGUCAGCUGUAUGUCAUCGUACGCUUACUCUGUCUGCUCCUCGCUUGCUACGCUGUAGUGAACAAGACGAUGAGUUUCGCGACGAGCUCGGACACUUCAAGGUUGAAGCGGACGUUGCGUGUCUUCUUUGCGGUUCCGAGUCAGGUCGUAGUGUACGGCAGUUGGUUACCCGUGCUCUGCUACGCUAGUGCACAUAUCAUCGACGGUUUGAUAUUCUACGAGCUGGAAGAUGACGGAGGAGAGAGCACGACGGAAAGUUUAUCGACCUUGACUCGCUGGCUAGCCGUGCAUAUGCGCUGCGUUUGGCUCAUGGCUCUGCUUGCAAGGUUUCGCGCGUUACUGCAAACCUCAGCGGGGGCCUGGACUCCUUCCCAUGGCGUCUCAGGGGUGCGUGGUCACUUACUUCCAGCUCUGGCACUAGGUGCUGUGGCUUUUGUGGCGCAUGGAGGAAUAGCAGUCGACGAUCGUGACGCUAGAAUUCUGGAGGCGAAUGAAGUGGAGCCCGUCCCGACCUUCAUGUUGCUGCGCUCAGAGACGCUGGAUGCCUGGAAGAUGAACCUCGAAGGCGUUUACAGUGAUAUGCUCGCCGUCGCCCUUGCAGCUGUGAUCUACGUGGUGGUUAUCUUAGUUGUGCGUGCGCUCGUACGCUGGCACCGGCGUCGAUGGGUCAAACCUACAAGUUUUAACCAGGGGAAAACUCGGGCAAAAGGUGAUGCGGUCCCUGAUCCGCUCUUCUUCGCUCGCUCGGCCGUCCCAAGUGGCGCCGGUGCUCUUUGGGAGCCAAGCUGCCUUUCAGUGAGUUGGGAUGACGAUUUAUUGGGGCCCCUUCUAGUUAUGUUGACUGACACUACACCGUGGGUAAGCCAACGGAGCCAUCGGAACGCUGACCAAAAGCAGGGCUCAAGCAAUGACGACGACGAAGAGGAGAACCUUGCUGGAGGUGAUAGGAUAGCUACAAGCUCAGCAUCGGCCACACAGCGCAUGCUCAUGAACUUGGUGUUUUUGAGCGACCCAUGGAAUUUGCUCGUGCUGAAGCUGGGCCGAGCACGAGUUCACCUGUAUCAACUGCGUGGAAGUGGCUUGGACUGCAAGGUGGUCCAUGCAAACGCUAAAGCUCGCGUCGCCCGCGAAUAUUCGCUGGCACUUGAAAACGUAGAGCUUGUGGCUUCUCUCCGUGCCUCGGAGCUCUCGUGGGCACAGCUUGUUACAUGCAAAUAA